UAUGGUGACUUUGUAAAUGUAAAUUUUCAGAUUAGCUUCCAAGAGUUCAAAAACAGGCUACUUGAAGCUGGUCUUGUUGAUAGAAUUGUUGUUUCUAACAAAUCUGUGGCCAAAGUUUAUGUGAGGAGCUCUGCACCCGGUCCUAUUCAAAUUGGUGAUGACACUAUUCAAGGUCCUGCAACUGGUAGAAAUGGUACAAGAAAUGCAAGCCACUACAAGUAUUAUUUUAACAUCGGGAGUGUUGAGUCAUUCGAGGAGAAGCUUGAAGAAGCACAGGAAGCAUUAGGAAUAGAUCCUCAUAAUUAUGUUCCUGUUACGUAUGUUGAUGAGUUGAAUUGGUUCCAAGAAGUGAUGAGGUUUGGUCCAACAGUGUUGAUUCUUGCUGUCCUUUAUUUUAUGGGACGAAGAGUGCAGGGCGGAAUAGGUGUUGGAGGCCCUGGUGGAAAAGGUGCUCGUGGAAUAUUUAACAUUGGUAAAGCACAUUUCACGAAAAUGGAUAAAAAUGCCAAGAAUAAGGUCUUCUUCAAAGAUGUGGCUGGAUGUGACGAGGCAAAGCAAGAAAUCAUGGAGUUUGUCCACUUCCUUAAAAACCCAAAGAAAUAUGAGCAGUUGGGAGCCAAAAUACCCAAGGGUGCUCUUCUAGUGGGUCCUCCUGGGACUGGAAAGACACUUCUUGCCAAAGCUACAGCUGGAGAGUCUGGUGUACCUUUUCUCUCUAUUUCUGGGUCAGAUUUUAUGGAGAUGUUUGUUGGUGUUGGACCAGCCAGAGUUAGGAGCUUAUUUCAGGAGGCACGACAGUGUGCACCUAGUAUAAUUUUCAUUGAUGAGAUUGAUGCCAUUGGUCGAGCAAGAGGGCGGGGUGGCUUUUCUGGAGGACAUGAUGAACGUGAAAGCACUUUAAAUCAACUGCUUGUUGAAAUGGACGGCUUUGCAACCACAUCAGGUGUGGUUGUACUUGCUGGCACAAAUAGACCUGAUAUAUUAGACAAAGCCUUGUUAAGACCCGGUCGAUUUGAUCGUCAAAUUACCAUAGAUAAACCAGACAUAAAAGGCCGUGAUCAGAUAUUCCGGAUCUACUUGAGCAAGUUGAAACUUGACCACGACGCAGCCUUUUAUUCACAGAGGCUUGCUGCUCUAACACCAGGAUUUGCCGGAGCAGACAUUGCAAAUGUUUGUAAUGAAGCUGCUUUAAUUGCCGCAAGAAAUGAGAGUACAAUAAUUACAAUGCAACAUUUUGAGUCAGCAAUAGACAGGGUAAUUGGAGGUCUCGAGAAGAAGAAUAAGGUAUCCGAUCCUCUGUUUUUCCGUUCCACUAUCUACUUUGCAUUUAUAUUUCAUUGGUGGAUAGCUAGCACAUUUCCUACACUAGACAUUUCAAAUAAUGUUUUUUGUUCUGGAUUGUUAUGGAAUACAUCGUUUUCAGCUUGAAAUGUUCAGAUUUGU